AUGGAUCUGAGCGAGUACUUCAACAGGAUUGGGUUUAAAGGCCAAUAUGACAAAGCCGACCUUGACACUUUAUUCACCAUCCACAAGCUGCAUGUUUUGAAUAUUCCAUUUGAAAACCUCAGCAUCCACUGUGGGGAGAAGAACACUAUGGAUCUGUCAAUCAUCUACAAUAAAAUUGUGAAGAGCAAUCGAGGCGGCUGGUGUUGUGAAAACAACCUCUUGUUCUCCUGGGUCCUACGAGAGAUGGGUUACAAAUACACAACACUUGGCUCCAAGGUGUUCAGCAAGUUCAAAAAUGAUUUCUACCCUGUAGAUACUCAUCUAAUUAAUCUGGUGGAGAUUGAUGGAAAACCUUACAUUGCUGAUGUGAGCUACGGUGUGUCGUGUCAGAUGUGGUACCCUUUGGAGAUGAUUUCAGGUAAAGACCAACCACAGCCUCCUGGUGUUUUCCGUCUCCUAAAUGAUGGGAUGACGUGGGUACUGGAGAAGUCUGGAAGAAAGCAGCUUGUCAAAGAUAAAGCCUUUGCUAAUUCUACCCUUAUUGACCACCGCCUGACGAAAACGAUGUAUCGCUUCACAUUGACACCACGUGGGGCGGAUCACUUCCUGGAGACAUCAGAGUACUUGCAGACGAGUGCAGACUCUCGGUUUGUACUCAAAUCCAUUUGUUCCCUGCAGACACCUACAGGCUUUAGAGCUCUGAUUGGCUGGACUUUCAGUGAGAUCACAUUCAACCCACAGGAGGACUUUGACUUGGUGGAUAUGAAGGAAAUUCCAGACUGUGAGAUAGAAGCUUUGCUGAGGGAAAAGUUUAAUGUGGUGUUAGUUAACAAGUUCACACCUAAAAACAACAAAGCUAAUUAUUGCAUGUAG